CGAUUGUCACAUCCAUGCAUUCACGAGUCUCACUCAUCUCAUGCAUCUCAUGACUGGGAACUGCGACUGCCUUGCACACUCGACUCUACCGCCUCGUCUACGAUCUCGCUCGCUUCCAUCCACGCCGACAUUCGUCGAUAGCGCUCGUCACUCUUGCCCUUUCCCGGCUGCCUUCACAGCAACAUACUUCGGAUCACAGGUGCGACUGCCCUGAGGCUCACUUGUCAACCCCAUUUGGACCGAGUUUUCGCAUUCACAGGCCAAUUCAUCGAACGUGCCACUGGCGCAAGACAAAGAGUUGGGAAGCCUACCCAUUUCCAAUCUCCACCUUUUUGCACGAAGUAGAGGAGACCUGAUCCAUCCCAUUUCGAAACGCAGCGUGCUGUACGAUGAUCCGCUCACCGACCAGCUUGUUGUCUGGCGGCUCGCGCGCAAAGAGUGCGAGUCUAGGAGCAGCCGGUGCAGCCGGUCUAUCUCUGCGAGCGCAACUGUCGGCGCGAAGUCGAGUGACCAACCUAGGCGUCGUCUUGCUGCUGGCUGUAGCUUGCGCUUCUCUUUUGCUCAACCUUAGAUAUGCUAUUGCGGGUUCUAGACAUGUCAGGGGCUUACCCCCGCCUGGAUUCGGAUCGUGGGAGAGCUUCCACGGUCUUACGCCUUCCACACUGCUUGACAGCCUACCGCCUCCAGCAAAGGGCGCCGAUGCGCUCAAUCACCUGGUCAUUGUGACCGGUCAUGCCGUCUGGGCUGGUUGCGACUUCUCUGGUCGGGAAAAUGACGAGAAUUGGGUGCUGGAGAGUUGGCAGAGAGGUGGCAGCACGAGGACAUUCUGGAAGCACAUUGAAAAAGGAGUGGAAAUCGCUGAUGCAGAUCCGACAGCCCUUCUUGUCUUUAGCGGAGGCCAGACCAGACCGACAUCCCUUCAGACAGAAGGCGAAUCAUACUUUUCUCUUGCCGUCUCGUCAGGUAUGCGGCUGCCCGUCUUGCCUGGAUUCAACUUCUCCACACAUGGACCAGGUCCUGGGGAAGCAAAGUCGUCCAAAAAGAUCACUGCAGAGGCGAGCGAGAUUCUGGGCAGGGUCGGUGCUGGCGCACAAGCCAAUGCUGGUGUGGCGGUAGCAAAGGGACUGCAGGGUGUACGCAUGACCACGGAAAACUUUGCUAUGGACAGCUUCGAGAACCUGCUCUUCUCCAUUGCUCGCUUUAGAGAAUUUACGGGACGCUUCCCGAUUCGUAUCACCGUGGUGGGUUAUGGCAUGAAGAAGAGCAGAUUUGAAGACCUCCAUGCCAAGGCUCUCAGGUGGCCUGUCAAGUCGUUCGUUGGAGGUCAGAGGCGCUUCCACUAUGUUGGGAUCGACGAUGAUGGCAACGAGGCAGACAUCAAGGCGGAGUAUGACGGAGAGAAAAUCAAGACGUAUCCCAUGUUCGAAAAGGACAUGUAUGGCUGUCAUGGUCGCUUACUCGACAAGCGUCGUGCGAGAAACCCUACAAGAAGGUUCCACUCUUACUUCUCUGGCGCCCCCGAGAUUGCGGAUCUUUUGGACUGGUGUCCACCCGAUGGUCUUGGUCUGCAAGGCAUCUACGUCGAGUCUUUGCCCUGGGACCGAAGAGCGAAUCCCACAUCUGGAUGGGGUCGGGGCACAAAAGCGUAUCAGGAGGAGCAGAAGAAGAAGCAUGUGGCCAACCUCUUGCCGGAUAGUCGUUGGCUGGAGUAUGGCAGAGAGAAGCAAUGAGGCGCAAGGCGCCAAUAUCGAGCGUUCCGAUGAAGCUGCGGCGCUGGGUUUAUCCACCUCUCCAGCGUCUCUUUCGGAGACCCUUGAAUCCCUGCAUGGUUGUAUUUACAUGAGUUGACAACGCGCAAAGAUUCCUAUUCAGUUUCAGCUUUUCUCAGCGACUGAUGAGGAGCACCUCAUGGCAAGUCGACAGUCCCGCCCUACACUU